CCUCCUCCAAACAGUCGCUACGGGGGGACGCGGAGACCUCCCUCUCACCCAGUGAGUACGGCCUGUCUAAAGUAUUCCCACUCCCUCUCCCUCCCCAUGUCCAUUAUCUCAGGGUAUAAUUCAGAGCCGGAACGUGGUGGUGGUCCUGAUGAUUCCGGUUCCAUGAAUUCCCUACGGGUCUCCGUGCGAGGCCUUCCUGCCCUGGCCUUCAUGGCCGGCGCCACCUCUGACCCCCGCUUCCGCCUAAAAUGGAGGGCCAUCACCGUGGCAACACUCAUUGCCCUCGCCCUGCUGUUCUACCUGCACCAGACGACGGGGGUCGGAACUGGCGGCGAUGACGUCUUCGGCGUCUCCUCUGACCGCUUCCAUCACCAUGGUAACGGGGCGCAAAGCUGGUGGACGAACAAUGACAAUGAAAUAAACAGUAAUGGGAACCGUCACCCGGUGGCUGCAGUGGGGAACAACGGCGGCGUCACCUCGAAUAAUAAACACUACAACGACACAUAUCCUCUCAGUCCCCCGGAGAGGAUGGCGUCUGGGAGCAUCCGUUACCGUAUUGGGGUGAUCGCAGACUUGGACACGGCCUCAAUGAGCACCAAGGGUCAGACGUGGUUCAGCGUCAUGCGGAGGGGCCACCUGGUGGUGUCUGAGAGUGGGGACCGAGUGGAGGUGGAGUGGGACGCAGACAGCCUGACCCUGGAGAGCCACCUGGCUGAGAAGGGACGAGGUAUGGAGCUGUCGGAGCUAGUUGCGUUCAACGGUCACCUGUACAGUGUAGACGACCGUACAGGAGUUGUCUACAGGAUAGAGGGGAACCAGGCGGUACCCUGGGUUAUACUGACUGAUGGAGACGGGUCUGUCUCAAAAGGGUUCAAGGCGGAGUGGCUGGCGGUGAAGGAUGAGUGCCUCUACGUGGGUGGUCUGGGUAAAGAGUGGACGACCACUACCGGAGAGUUCAUCAACGACAACCCCCAAUGGAUCAAGGUGGUGGGUUACCGCGGCAACGUGCAACACAAGAACUGGGUACCGCGUUACAACGCCCUGCGCAGCGCAGCCGGGAUUCAACCGCCAGGUUACCUGAUCCAUGAGUCUGCAGCGUGGUCCGACCGCCUCCAGCGCUGGUUCUUCCUCCCCCGCCGCGCCAGCUCCGAACGCUACGAUGAGAUCGCCGACGAGCACCGCGCCACCAACCUCCUCCUCUCUUGCCCCUCGGACUUCCGCGAAAUCACCGUGGGGCACGCUGGACCCCUCCACCCAACGCACGGUUUCUCCUCGUUCAAGUUCGUACCGGACACCGACGAUCAGAUCGUACUCGCGUUGAAGUCGGAGGAGGACGCAGGGAAGAUAGCGACGUACAUCCUGGCGUUUACUUUAGACGGGAGGAUGUUACUGCCAGAGACGAAGAUAGGAGACCUGAAGUAUGAAGGACUGGAGUUCAUUUAAAAUGGAUGAGGAGGAAAGAGAGGAGGGAUGGAGAAAUCCUGAGGAGAGACUGGAGAGAGGGUUGGUUUUUAGAACUUACCUCCCUGUGGCCUGACACACCUGUGAAGUAGUGUGAUGAGGUAGGAGGACUCUGUUCCAGGAAGGGUUACGGUCCCAGUCAUCACCAACAAGGUUGUCCAGAGAAAUGACUAGUGUUUGGUGACAGACACCCUAAGAUUCUUCACACACUUCCUGGCCCCCAAAUGAGUCUGGGUAAUGUAGUCCACUAAGUUUGGGUUUAAACAGACAGC